AUGGAUGUAAAAAAAAUAAUUUAUAAAAAAAAGUAGUAUUAAACUACAUAUUCAAUCAAAAUUUAUGGAUAAGUUUGAGAUUUAUGUAAGAAGGAGUUGAAAGUAAUUAAUUAUUUGGUAGACACAAGUUGUAUUCAUGAAGAAAUCUGUAUCAACUAGAUAAAACAAUAAUGGUAGAGAAGAAAUUGAUUCAUACAUUUCGGUGUCUGUCAACCACAACUCUUACUGUUAUUAUGAUUUGGUCCUUUCUUCACUGUUUUUAAUUUCUUCCAGUCAGAAGCUGUGAACCAGCGAACCAAGGGGACAAAUCAAUGGAGUAUGUAGAGCCUGCAGUUUGCGUUGCGAAUUGUCUCGGAACUCCGAUUUCUACUUACUUGCAGUAUCAUAGAAAGCUGAAUAAUUAUGUGAGGAACUUGAAGAGAAUCAGAGAUGAACUGAAUAGUCAAAUGGAAGAUAUAGAGAUGCUAUUGAAAGCAGAGCUGCUUCAUCAUGUGGGGAAGAUACCAAAGAAGGGAGUUGAAAAUUGGUUAGAAAAUGUGAAAAUGAUGAUUAGGGAAGCACGAGAUGUUGAAAAUAAAGUCGGAAAUGGGAGAUAUUUUUUCCGUGCAUGCAAUGGAAAGUUGGUUGAUAAAAUGACUCGAGAAAUGCAGAAAUUUCUUGAUAAAGCUCCUAAUCUCUCUCAAAGUCUUGUCAUUGAUGGUCCAAGUGGUGGGUUGCCACUGCUAACAUCUGAACUAGUUGGAGAGGAAGCUGUGAGAGAGGAGAUUUGGCCAUGUUUGAUGCAGGAGGAGGUGAGCAAGAUUGGGGUUUGGGGGAUGGGCGGCGUGGGUAAAACGACCAUCAUGAAGCACAUCCACAAUGAUCUUUUGAAAGAACAACGAUUUGAAAGAGUGAUUUGGGUUACUAUAUCAAAGGAGUUCGAUAUUGUGAAGUUACAAGAUGAUAUUGCAAGUGCAUUGAAUGGAUAUAUGCCCAAAGAAGGAAACAAGGUCAGGCGAGCUGCAAUCUUAUCAGAACUGCUGAAGAAAGUAGGAAAACAUGUUCUAAUCCUAGAUGAUGUGUGGGAUAAAGUCUCUCUAGAGGAAGUUGGGAUCUCCGAGCCGAGUAGCAGCAAUGGAUGCAAGUUGGUGCUGACAACCCGUGUGGAGCAAGUUUGUAAAUAUAUGGAAUGUAAGGUGAUAAAAGUGAAGCCCCUUUCAAAAGAAGAGGCAUUGACACUAUUCUUGAAUAAAGUUGGACCAAAUAUAUUGCAAAGUCCAACUUUAAUGCCAACUUUGAGGCUUGUUGUCAAGGAAUGUGCAGGUCUGCCUCUUACAAUUGUCGUCAUAGCUGGUACCAUGAAAGGAGAAGAUGACCCUCGUAUAUGGAAAAAUGCUCUCAAGGAUUUAAAAGAGAGAAUAGGGAAAGUGGAAGGAGUGGAAGCUGAAGUGAUCGAGCGUUUGAAAUUUAGUUUCAAUCACUUAAAAGAUGAGAAAAUGAAGCAUUGUUUCUUACAUUGUGCAUUAUAUCCUGAAGACUAUUCAAUUUGGAAGGAUGAGCUAAUCGAAAGUUGGAUUGAUGAAGGCUUCAUAGAUGAAAUGGAUACAAGACAAGAAAUGAAAGAUAAGGGCCAUGCUAUUUUGAAGAAGUUGGAGGAUAACAGCUUGUUGGAAAAUGUUAGCUAUUCAGAUCAGAAAGUGAAGAUGCAUGAUGCAGUAAGAGACAUGGCAUUAUCCAUCACAAGUAUGAAUCCUCGAUAUAUGAUACAAGCAGGUUUCCAAUUACAAAAGUUACCGAAGGAGGAGGAAUGGACGGUGGAUAUUGAGAAAGUGUCGCUUAUGGAUAACUCCAUAUCGGAGAUUUCCAUAGACAUGGUUCCUCUAAAAUGCCAACGGCUCACAACCUUGUUACUGCAGGACAACCCUGUAAAGAAGAUUUCAGAUUCUUUUUUUGCAAACAUUCCUUGUCUGAGCGUUCUUAAUUUGUCCUCCACGAAGAUCAAGUGUUUACCAAAUUCAAUCUCUGAAUUAAAGAAUCUCACAGCAUUGCUGCUUUGUGGUUGUGAAGAAUUAAGUCAAUUGCCUUCUCUUUCGAAGCUUCAAGGAUUGAAGAAGCUGGAUCUUAGCUAUACAAUAAUUGAAGAGGUACCUGAAGGCAUGGAUAUGUUGAUAAAUCUAAGGUAUCUUGAUCUUAACGUGAGGACUUUAAAAGAUGUACCCACUGGACUUUUACCAAAACUCUUUUGCCUUGAGCACUUUAAAUUAUUCAGAGGUAAGAAAAUAAGCCUAAAGGCAGAGGAGGUAACGCCGUUGGAAAAGUUGGAAUUCUUUUACGGCCGUUUCGAAGACCUGCAUGAAUUGAAUAAGUUCGUGUCCUCAAUGCAACAAUGCAAGAAAAGCCUCUUCAAGUACCUAUUACAAGUGGGCUCAUCUCCUUGCAUGUAUGAAGGAGAUAAAAUCAUAUCAAUCAAUGAACUCGAGUAUUGUGGAGAUGAGUUAAUUAUGCUACCAGCUGAUAUUCAAGAGUUGCACAUUUGCAACUGCCACAAUUUGAGAAGCUUAAGUGAAGAUAUUUCUUCCUUCAAAAAUGUGAUGGACUUGAGGGCUUCUAUAAUUAUGGAUUGCCAAGGGAUAGAGUGCGUUGUCUCCUUGUCCUCUUUUUCCUCUUCUUGGACUCAUCCAUUCCAAAGCCUCGAGCUGUUGUCUCUUUCCCGAUUGCCAAAGUUGAGUGAACUUAUCAAAUUCGAAGGAUUUGGUUCAGCAACAACAUCGAUAUUUACUCCGUCUGCUAUUUUUUCCCAUCUUAAACAAAUUUAUAUUCACAACUGCUCGAGUAUGAAGGCAUUGCUUCCACAUUGGUUGCUUCCCAACCUCUGGAACCUAGAAGUAAUUCAAGUGGAAUCUUGUGAUGAGCUAGUAGAAAUAUUAGCAGCGCCAACAUCAGAAGAUGAAGACAAAAGAAGUGAUGCGUCAAUCAAGUUCCAUCUUCCCAAAUUGAGAGUGUUGAGACUGAUGAAAUUACCAAAAUUGAAGAGCAUCUGUAGCAAAAGUGGAGUGAUGAUUUGUGAUUGUCUUCGACGUAUCAACGUUAAUAUUUGUCCUAAGAUAAAGAGAAUCCCUCCAUUUGUUCCCCUUGUUGGCAAUGGGAAGCCAUAUGCAUAUGCUCCACCUUCUCUUAAGAUCAUGUCAAGCAAAAAAUGGUGGGAAUCAUUGGAAUGGGAUGACCAUCCAAACUUUAAAAAUGUUCUUCAACCCCUUUGGGAGGUGAAGCAUUGGUAUGAUUGAUGGGAACAUUUUUACAUGAAAUGGAUGAAUUGAUCAACAAACAAGUAAGCCUCAUUCUUUUAUAUUUUUUGAUUAAAAUAUGUUGUUAGUCUCUAUACUUUGACAAAAUUUGAGAUUUCGUCCUUGUACUUAAAAUGUAAAAAAUUAUUAGUAGCCAUUAUUAGAAUGAAACAUUUUGCCACUGUUUGUUUCUAUGCGUAGCCAGAUGGAAUUAUUCGGAGUUUCCAAUUAUGUUUAUUCUUUUAGCAUUUUGAUUAAGUGAUUUUUUGUCAAUUAAGCCAAAUUGAUUUUGGGUUUUCCGUUUAGGGAUAUGCUCAAGUUAGGUGUUCAACCUGAUGUUAUAACAUUUUCCACUUUGAUUAAUGGACUAUGUAAUUUCAGGCGGUGAGUUUGUUUGAUGAAAUGAUUGAAAAAGGGUAUCAACUUCUUUUAAUUGCUUACAAUACAAUACUGAUAAAGCUGUUGGGUUUCUAAGUAUGAUGGAAGGAAGAGAUUUUGAACCCCAAUAUUGUGGUAUUAGCACUGUCAUUUGCUGUCUUUGUACAAACAGCUUGUUAAAGGAUGCUCUUUAUCUCUUUUUUUGGAAUUGAAUGGUAAGGGCAUUAGAUCGAUAUUAUUAUUACCAAUUGGUUAAUUUAUGGUAUGUGUAAUUGAUGAAAUGUUGCUAUCUACAACUUCAGAAAUCAUCCCUUCCUUGCUUAAUUCUUGGUAUGAGUAAUCACAUUGCAAGGAGGUGAUGAUUUUUGAAGCUUUAGAUACCAUUGACACUAUGACAAGCAAGUCAUUGCAAGGUAUGUUUCUAAAGCUGAGGAUAUUUUUGACACAAUGAUAAAGUGAGGCAUUGAGCAAGUAAGGACUUGUUUCAUCUUUUUCUGGUAAUGAAGAAAUAGUUAUAGUCCUUUAUGCUAGAAAACUUUUGUGUAGGUAUGUUAUUGCUUCCAAAAUUUGUGCUAGCAAUUAGGGCGAAAUCAAGUAAGGUUCCUGGGAAGUUAAAUAUUACUUCUAUGCCUUGGGAUGAUUCAAAUCUUGUGUGGAAUAUGCCUCAACCAGCUGCUGCUACAAUGCCUCCCUUUAACUCCCUAAGACUUCUCCAAUAUCAGUUGCCAUCCCUCCUACUACAGGUAGAAUGAAUUUUGACAUCUAAUGUCACUACAAAUGUCGGUGCAAGUACUGAUUCACAGAUGUAUGAGUUACAAAGAGUUUGCCGAGUCUAUAUAUUCUCUUCUUAUUUCCUGUGUUUACAUGAUCUUAUCUUUCUAUAUGUUUCUGAAAUUGGUUCAAUAUUUUUGAAAUUUGCCACCAUUAUGCAAUUUUUGUUUCGCAUUCAAAUAAAACAUUUCUAUGGUUCUCUUCUAUAAAUUUUCUAAUGGUAUACUGUGCACUCAGAAAAACCACAAUUUGACACCAGCAUGUCUUAGCUGUUUUUUGCAGGAAGUUUAGGUUCAGUUUGCUGGUUUUGGACUCGAGGACGAUGACCGGGUUAACAUUAGCAAGCAUGCCAGGCAAUGGUCUCUCCCGUGUGAAGCACCUGAGUGCAUUCAAGCAUUCUUUUUGGGGAUCUUAUACAUUGCUUUCAGGUUGAUUUCCUCUCAAAAAUUUCCAAACCAUGACAGCAAUCAAGCAUCAUGAGGGAGUAUAUAUUUCUUUAAACUCAAACCCUUCUUAGGGUUCAAUUUCCGGAUGCUUUCAAAAUUUUCUGGAAGGUAAAGAUUCAGCCCUUACCUUGAUGUGCAAAGGCGGAAGCACAAUGUAAGAAGUCAUCAUUAUAGAUUUUGGUUGGGUUUUCGAUUACUACAUAUUUCAUUGUUUGAGUCUCUCAUUUUGAUGACUUUGAAGAUCUUUUUCAACCCUUACAACAUUGUGCCUUUGGGAAGAUUUGCCGUCAACCCUUAACCAAACAAAAAACUAACACGGAACCUUCUACAGCAACUGCACCGAAGGUUACUAAUUCAGCAGCUGAGACAAUGCAGAAGCAGAAUCCAGAUGCAUCCAGGUCAGCCCAAGUUCUCGUGCUGCUCAAACUGGAAAUCCAGGAUCUAAAACUGUUGCUGCUGUCAAUGGAAAUCCGGAAAAGUGGCAUAUUUAUUUAACUUGAUUAUAGUAUACUAAUUGAUACCUUGUGCAAAGCUGGGCAUAUCAGUCAAUGGUUUAAAACCGAAUGUGUACAUGUAUAGUAACCCCUAAAAUGAUUUAUGGACUUUGUAAAGUGGGUUUUCUGGAUGAUGCAUACCAGUUGUUAGGAGUAUCGAGAUAAUGGUUAUUGUCCUAAUAGCUACUGUGAUAAUGUAAUGAUCCAGUGGUUCCUGAAAACAGCUAUAUCUUAAGGGCAAACACAGCUUCUUCGGUAAGGACUUGUCUGCGGAUCCAUUGAUCUCAUCUUAGAAUCUAAUAAAUCCAUUCUUCUUUUCCUUAUUAUUAAUUAAA